ACGACCAGCUGCCGUGGCCUGAGACGACGGAAACACAGAAACUUUGUCGGAACAUCCUGUAAAUUAUUUUGCUCUGAAUUUUCACCUGCACUUCAUAAGUUUGAGGUGGUACAGCAGAGUAAAAUGCCGUUGCCAGCACAAGGAAAAAGCAUCCUCCAGACGGCAGAUCCGUAUCAUAUCCCCGGGUAUGGCGGAUACUGUCCCCAGUUCAAAUACCAAAUAGGCCAAACGUUUGGGAAGACCACAAACCGACUGCUGCAGGACUGUAACGUCCCCAGCUCUGGGCGGCUAGUCCUGGCCGAGAUCUACCCCUCCUUCACCGAGACCGACAAACUUCAGGACAUGAGGGAUCAUCUUAUGAAGACGAGGACGGCCAGCUGGGGGGACCAGAAACUGGUGCAGGCCAUGGUACCCGGGUAUACAGGAUUUAUUCCAAAGAGUGAACACUAUUUUGGUAAAAGAUACGCAGAAAAUUGCUCCAACGCCAUCUCAGACUUUGAAAACGAUCAGCGGACCUACAACCGCAAGGCUCAAGAACUGAGAGUGAUAGAUGCGCUUCAAAGCGGUAAAAUGGACCCAAGCAAUGUAGACAAAUUACCCACCUUAACAGCCCAUCAUCGAACUCCCCUCCGAGCUGUGGCAGCCGAGGCCAAGCCGUACAUCUCACCGAACGCACACCACCAUUCUAUGUCUCCCUACUACAUGGACGGCUCCAACUCCAAGAAAAAUUUCAUGUCAGGUUACACUGGCUUCGUCCCUCGGUCUCGGGGUCUCCUGGGUAAAGGCUAUCCGUUCAUCACCCACCAAGCUCUGAACGAGUUCACGGACGGCACACAGCUGUACAAACUCAACCUGCACAAACCAGUCACGGUAGAGAGGGUAGAAACGUACAGACUAGACACACAGCCUAUAUAUCCCACUGAGACUGGCCUGGUGCCUCACUACACGGGACACAUACCCGGAGAGAAAUUCCGCUACGGUCGUACCUUCGGGUUCAGUACGCAGAAUGCGCUAAGUUCAACGCCUAAACAGAUGGUCACUGCUAUCGCUUGAAGAAUGAAUUC